CAUUGCGACAGAACCGGAAAGGCGCCCGGCAGUGCGGCAUGGCGCUGUACGCGGCGGCGGCGGCGGUGCUGGCUGGUGUGGAGAGCCGCCAGGGCUCCAUCAAAGGACUGGUGUACGCUAGCAGUUUCCAGAACGUGAAGCAGCUGUACGCGCUGUUGGCCCGGCUGAAGGUCCGUCGAGGUGUGAGCCGGAAUGAGGACUUGUUGGAAGUGGGAAGUGGGCCUGGCGCAGCCUCCCAGGUGCCUCGAUUUGUGCGGGUGAACACGCUCAAGACCUGCUCUGAUGAUGCAAUCGAUUAUUUCAAGAGACAAGGUUUCUCCUACCAGGGCCGGGCUUCCAGCCUUGAGGACCUAAGGGCCCUCAAAGGGAAGUGUUUUCUUCUGGAUCCCUUGUUGUCAGAGCUGCUUGUGUUUCCUGCCCAAACAGAUCUGCAUGAACAUCCACUGUACCAAGCAGGCCACCUCAUCUUACAAGACAAGGCUAGCUGUCUCCCAGCCAUGCUGCUGGCCCCGCCCCCAGGUUCCCAUGUCAUCGAUGCGUGUGCUGCCCCCGGCAAUAAGACCAGUCACUUGGCUGCUCUUCUGAAGAACCAAGGGAAGAUCUUUGCCUUUGACCUGGAUGCCAAGCGGUUGGCGUCUAUGGCUACUCUGCUGGCCCGGGCUGGAGUCUCGUGCUGCCAGCUAGCCGAAGAGGACUUUCUGGCAGUUUCACCCUCAGACCAGCGUUAUCGUCAGGUCCAGUACAUUUUGCUGGAUCCUUCCUGUAGUGGCUCUGGUAUGUUGACUAGACAGCUGGAGGAGCCUGGGACAGGUUUACCUAGCAAGGAACGUUUGCGUGCCUUGGCAGGGUUCCAGCAGCGAGCUCUGUGCCAUGCGCUCACUUUCCCCUCCCUGCAGCGCCUGGUCUACUCCACGUGUUCCCUUUGUCAAGAGGAGAACGAAGAUGUGGUACAGGAGGCCCUACAGCAGAGUUCAGGAACCUUUAGGUUAGCUCCUGUCAUACCCUCCUGGCCCCACCGAGGCCUUAACACUUUCCCAGGGGCAGAACACUGUCUCCGGGCCUCCCCUGAGACCACACUCACUGGUGGCUUCUUCAUUGCUGUACUUGAACGGGUAGAGGUGCCAAGGUGA